GGACACAGACAAGGAGGCCUAUGUACAGUAUAUAACAAGUAGUCAGUACCCAGUUGUUUUACCAUUUGCGUGACGGUUUACAGUGCAGAAGCAUUGAGUGUGUAGCGGCUACCAAAUAGCUCAGCUUUUCAUUUCACACAGGACUCUCUGAGUAGACAUCAAUCAUGGAUCUGGAAUCACUGAGAAAAGAACUGUCAGAGAAUGGACAAGAACAUCUAUUGCAGUUCUGGGACACUUUAGAUGAAGAGAAAAAACAGUCCCUAUACUCUGACCUGAAAAAUUUAGACUAUGCCAAAAAUAAUAUCUACUUUAAGCGCUGCAUGGAAUCCCUGAAGUUGGCCGGAGAGAAGUUAGAUGACCACCUGCAGCCACCGCCACCAGAAGUGUGUGGAAGUUUUUUAGACACUGACAAAGAAACAUUGAAAAAAUAUGAAGAAGAUGGUCUGAGACUGGUGUCAGACAAUAAGAUAGCAGUGCUCCUGCUGGCUGGGGGACAGGGGACCAGGCUGGGGGUGAACUACCCCAAGGGCAUGUACAAUGUGGGCCUACCCUCUGAGAAAACACUCUACCAACUCCAGGCUGAGAGGAUACUGAAGUUACAACAGCUGGGGAAAGAAGUGACUGGGAAGGAAGGAAUUGUACCUUGGUACAUCAUGACAAGUGAGAGCACAAAGGAACCAACAAAAGCCUUCUUUGAAAAGCACAACUACUUUGGGCUGAAGGAAGAGAAUGUUGUGUUCUUUGAGCAGUACACGCUACCCUGUAUGUCUUUUGAUGGCAAAGUUAUCCUGGAAAAGCCGCACAAGGUGGCCAGAGCUCCUGAUGGCAAUGGAGGUUUGUACAAGGCUCUUGGCAGCAGAGGAGUGAUGGAUGACUUAGUGAAGAGAGGAAUCAAAUAUGUCCAUGUCUACUGUGUAGACAACAUCCUUGUCAAGAUGGCUGACCCCAUAUUUAUUGGUUUCUGUAUCAGCAAAGGUGCUAUCUGUGGUGCCAAGGUUGUAAAGAAGGCGUUUCCUAAGGAGGCUGUAGGGGUGGUGUGUAAGGUGGAUGGGCAGUACCAGGUGGUGGAGUACAGUGAGAUCACACCCAGCACAGCCGAGAAAAAGAACCCCAAUGGAACCCUCAUGUUCAAUGCUGGCAACAUCUGUAAUCAUUUCUUCACGGUGGAUUUCUUACAAUAUGUGGUCAAAGACCACCAGGAUGAACUGGAGCAUCAUGUGGCAAAGAAAAAAAUCCCUACAAUUGAUGUCUCUGGGAAUCCUGUGAAACCCACUGAGCCCAAUGGAAUCAAGAUGGAGAAGUUUGUCUUCGAUGUCUUCAAGUUUGCCUCUGACAGCAACUUUGCUGUGUGGGAGGUGCCAAGAGAAGAUGACUUCUCCCCACUGAAGAAUGCUGAUGGACAGCCCAAAGACACACCCACCACCUGUCGGGAACACCUGUACAACCUGCACACCAGAAAUAUCCAGGCAGCCGGAGGAAAGUUCUGCAAGAAAGAUGGCACUCUCAUCUCCAACAUUCCAAGCAUCACAAAUGGCACUAAUGGCGUCCAGAAUGAUGGUAGUGGAGAUCAUGACAAUGAAGCUAUGGUUGUUGAGGUUUCUCCACUGGUCUCAUAUGCAGGAGAGGGUCUCGAGAAGUUGGUUGCCGGGAAGAGUUUUGUACCCCCACUAAGCAUCUAUGCACCUGGAGAAAAGGACCAGGAAAUUGUGUGUGCGCUCAUCAAGUAACGUCAUAAUAUGGACAUGUAGAAGGACUUCCAUUUUUCCAGCGGCCAGUUAGAUGUGAGGAAUCUGCAGUGUAUGCUGUACAUGUGUUAAGGAAACCAGCUGUUAUUUGUUAGUAGUGUCAAUGAAAAUGGUUCAUAUGUUUAUCGAUCAGUGUGAAAAUACAGGUACCCUCAUGAUAGAUGAGUGCUGACAUCGAAUUAAGAGGUGUUGAACAAUUGGAAAUAUUAUUAUUAUUUCUAAGAGUAUUUUUCUUCAGGACUGAAAACUCUCAGGCAGUUUAUUGUACUCCGAGACUGGAACCGAUUGUAACUGCUGAAUUAUUUAAGCCUUUGGUGUGUAAUCAAGAAGUUAAUUUUGGGUACUUAUGCUUGAUAAACAAUUGGAUUAUUUUCAGAAAGGAAGAACGGAUGCACCUUGUACAUAAAAGACUUUGUGUAAAUAGAAAAAUGUCUAUGACUGUUGUGUGGAAUUGUUGUGAAGUUUGUGUGCAUUCUGUACUCUAGAUCUGUUUUGUUGAUUAAUGUUAGUUUAAGUUCAAUCACUUGUUAUUUAAUCAAAAUGUUAUGCAUGAAAAACUGAAAUUAAUGGAAGUAUCCGUACUAAAAUGAAGAAGAAGAGAAGAAUGUAAGGCCUUAAUAACUUACACUUGUAACAUGAUUGUACAUGUUGUACUUGACCUAUAUGUAUUGUAGUGGAGAUUUUUGAGUUUGUUACAUCCAAAAUGAGGUUGGUGUGUAAUUGAGAAUUUUUUUUUUUUUUGCAGACAAAUUUAUUACAUAUUCAACAGGGUGUAUUUUAAGCUUGCACAACAACCAUGGAUGUCUCAGUAUUAGCAAGCAUAAAAAUCUAACAAGCAGUACAACGAGUGUUUAUUUCAAUCUAAUCAUUUAUGGACUUGUAUCAUAUUAACAUACAUGAUACAUACUAUGAUUGUGUAGAGCAUCUACACGUAGAAUGAUAUAAACAUAACUUCCAAAUGAGUGAUUUUCGGACGCUGUUUUUUUUUAAAUAUAUAUUGAAUCAGGUAUAUGUUACAUUAUGUCCUGUUGCAUGUGCUCCUCAUUGAUGCUGUUGUGUUUAGUAGAAUUGUUUACAGAUUCAUAUUGGACAUAAUAUUAUCCAGACAAAGCCAUUCAGCAAUGUCUUUAAUUAUGCAUUCAUCAUUUGAGUUAAGUUUUUUUUUAGUUAAGACACCAACAGAAUAAGACAAAACCAGGCUGUGAUCUUACUUGUUAUUUAUAUUUCAUUAAAUAAUUAUUGUGCAUAUACGGACAACAUAUCGUACUUGAUUGACUAUACGUAUGUAUAUUAUGAAUAAUUUUAUUUCCUGUAGGAAUUCUGUUUAGAUUUUAGAUAACUAUUCAUGUGUACAACAAAGUAUUUUUUGCUGCAGGGUUAGGUAGAUGGGAUAGCUAAGAUACUAGUAUAAGAAAUAAUUGCUUCUUAUUAAAUAAUUAGUUACAAUUUUUUCAUGAUUGUGGAAAAGGAAAUCUGCUAUGGCAUCACAGCUUUUUUGCUACAGCACUUCGUUUGUUGUAAAUAUUAUUUUUAAACCAUUCCCUUAGAGAGAACUGUGCAACUUUGAGGCAAAUGCUGUAUUCUAUAUUUAUGCAACAAUGUACUAUAUAGUAAUUCUAAUUAAUGUUUAUAUUUUUGGUAAUGGAAUACUUAGGUUUUGAAACAGAGACUUGAUGCAUGAAAGAGUAUUUAUCCAGAAACUACACUAAUUGGACCAUCGCACACAUUAUUAUGUGCUUAGAGAAAGAAGUCAAUUCAGCUCCUAAAUAAAUAUAUUUGUAGGACAUAUAAAAGAAAUUGGGUAGCAGAGCUACUUUUAAUUAAUAGAAUAUGCUUGCUUUUAAAUAUAUUAUUUAAAGAAAAAUAUCAGUAAUGUUUUUUUGGUGCCAUAAUGCUGCACAUACUAUUUACUAGAAGAGUACUAAAUAUUUAACAGAGACAUUAGAACUGAUUUGAUAAUAUGAAUAUUACCUUAUUACUUGAAAAUUUAAGUUAAUGAAUGAAUAACACUAUUAUCAUGUCCAUUAUAGGAUUAUUGUAGUAAUGAUAUUAGGUAAUGGAAGAGCUAUUUGGUCGCAAACAGUAAGAGUUUAAUGACAUGAUGGUAUGUUUUAUUCAGUGUCCACAACCUUUUUUGUCAUGCUAAGGUACUGGAGACUUGAAAGCAAAUAAGCUUAUCAGCUAGAUGUUAAAAGAAGAGUUUUGUAUCCUGAAACUUUAUUUUACAUUCGAUUUAUACCUUAGAAAAUAUUAAGAUGGACUCUUUUUGUUCAUUUAUUAUGGAAAUCCUUCUAACCAUACAUUGAAUUGGGGAAAACGCUUUUGGACAAGCCAGAAAAAACAGGUUUUGUUAUUCUAAAUAUAUGUGAAACAAAUAAUUUUCCUUAUAAAAAGUGUGUUAAAAUUUAAAUGAUACGUAUACAUCCCUUACUUUGAUUUAAUAUAGUUUAAUUUAUGGUCAAUUGUUUCCCAUCAUAUACUCGUAUGUACAUUUGUGCCAUGCCAAAAUAUUGCUUGUUAUUUAUUUAGUGGCUUGUUUGAUUUCUUGUUGAAUAAACUACCUUCUUUUUAGGGAUGUGGUAUUUUA